GGCAGGCGGAAUAGCCAGAGGAACAGAGAGCCUGAGACAAGCACACACACAGACAACUCCCACAAGGGGCUGAGACAAGCACAAACAUCGACAACUCCCACACUGAGGCUGCGUCUGCACCCUCCAGCAUGAAGGUCUCCGCAGCGCUCCUGUGCCUGUUGCUCACCAUGGCCACCCUCACCACCCAGGUGCUCGCUCAGCCAGGUAAGGUCCCAACCCUCUGCUGCUUCAGCGUGGCCAGCAAGAAGAUCCCAAAUCAGAAACUGCAAAGUUACACAAGACUCACCGACAGCAGAUGUCCCCAGAAAGCUGUGAUUUUCAAGACCAAACUGAACAAGGAGGUCUGUGCUGACCCCAAGAAUAAGUGGGUCCAGGAUGCCAUGAAGUACCUGGACAAAAAAUCCCAAACUCCAAAGCCAUAAAGAUUGACUGUUUUGAGACCAAACCCGAGCCUGAGAAAUGCUUGAUUCAUUCCCCCCACCCCUCCGCCGUCUUCCUAAGAAGCAGCCUGAAAUCAUCGCAUCAUCCUCCCCAAACGAAUGACUUUUAUUUAAUAAUUAACAAAUUAUUGUAUUUAAGUUAUUGAUGUUUUUAAUAUACGUUUAAUUGAUUUCAGAGAGGAAGAGAGAGAUAGAAACAUCAAUGAUGAGAGAGAGCCCUCUGCAUGCCCCACACUGGGGAUCAAGCCCAAAACCUGGGCACGUGCCUUGACCAGGAAUCGAACUGUGACCUCCUGGUUCAUAGGUCAGUGCUCAACCACUGAGCCACGCUGCCAGGCUACUGGUGUUUUUAAACUUCUCUGCUGUGAAUACUGCUUGUUUUUACCAUGUCAGGUCCUUUCUCCUCUGUGAUCCCCAAUUCAAUCCCUUGCAAAGUGCUAGGUUCUUAUUCUCCUCCCUCCCUCUCUGGAAACGUGUAAGGGUCCUGGCAAAGAUAUGAACAUGUUUUGUAUUUUUAAGAAGAGGUGUGACUCAUAUU